AUGCCGUUCCUUGCGCUGCCGAGCGACGAUUCGCAGCUGCGGUAUGCGGACGAUCCGAUCGUGCUGCACUACCUCGUCUCGACGCCCGAGUGCCGCACCUUUGCUGCUGCGCAGACGCACGCCUCGAAACUCGCCGCGUCGCUCAGCUCGUCAUCCAAUCUGGCAGCUUCGGAGGCGAGGCGCGAGGUCAAGCUCGAUGCUCGCUAUCCGAUUGUGCUGUUUCUGCCGUCGGAGUGCUUUAGCGUGGCGCACCUCUUCGCCGACCAGCUGAGCGACUCGACGCUGUCGGCGCACUUUAACCUCGUCGCCGUGGACCCGCGCGGCCACGGCCUCACGCGCGAGGUGCCCAUCCGCGAUCCAACCACGCGCAAGUAUGAUCUGGACAUCAAGGCCGCCGACGUGCUCGCCUUCAUCCGCCUCCUCCUCUCACCCUACCAGCCCGCCAACGGCAAGCAGGGAGAGAUCCGCUGGGCCAAGGGCAUCCACAUCCUCGCCUGCUCCAUGUCCGGCCUCGUCGCGGCUCGCAUGGCAGCCCAGUGGCCCGACACCUUUACGUCGAUCAUGAUCACGUCUCCCAUUCUCGAGCUCGAGUCUCCGUUCAUGGUGGAAUCCUUCCAAGGCAUCAAGGAGCUCCUCACCGAAUCGUGGCACCAGCAACACUCGCAGCGCUCCAACGACGUCAGGCUGCCAGGCGAGGUGGUCCAGGGCUUCACCUUCCGCUGGGCGGGCAGCGAGACGAUCCCGGCGCACAUUGCCUCGUACCUCUCGCGAACGUGGCUCGAACGACUUGUACUGCACCACCAAGGUCUCGAAGCCGCGCGGGACUGGUGGUUCGAUCUGUACUGGCUGCGCAAGCCAAUGCCCGAGGCGGCCCGGUGCACCGUCCGCUGCGAUCUUCUCGUAGUCGAAGGCGACCGCGACUUGCCGUACGAUCGCAACGUGGCCGACGAUAUCGCCGCGCUCUUCCCGAAUGCCCGCUCGGUCCACGUCCACAAGGUCCCCCGCGCACCGUUCCUGCUGAGCGUCAAGCGACCCAGCCAGUUGACGGACGCCAUCUGCAGCUUUUUGGGUGUCCACCCCGACAAGGCCGCUUACAGCGAGGAUGCCAGCAUGGAUGCGCUCAUGGCGCUCGAGGAGGACGAACGAUUUGAACUUGUCAAGGUGUACGCGCCGCAGCUUGUGCCCGACUCGGACUCGCAUGCGGAUUCGGACGACGACCAAGACGAGGAGCAGGCCGAGAGCGACACCGACCCGGAGGAGGCAUUCGACUCGCACACUCUGCGCACCAAGCGGGCCGAUACACUGCAUGCCAACCGAGCGCAUGCACAACACACCUAG